UUAUGAUGAGGUUGAUACACGUGAGUCACAUGGAGCCCAGGCUGAGUAAACUGUGCCGGCCCAGCCCGUGAUCUUUUUAUAGCAGAGGGAAAACUGGCUUCAUGAACCGACGUUUCAGGAAAUGACCAUCAUGCUUCUCCACCUCGAGUCACAAACAGAGUAAGAGGAAACAGCCAAGUCUCAUUCCGCUGUUACAUGGCGCCACUUUCUUUUUCUUGUUCCGGCACAAUGGACCGCUCAAGGACCAAACUCUCGUACUAAAAGAUCCGUAAUUAGUGAUGCAGGGUGCAAUAACAAGGGUCUGUAUGGUGGUGGUAGCUGCCAUUCUCAACCACCCGCUACUUUUCCCCAAGGAAAACACUACCAUCCCAGAACAGGAUGAAGACAUUUUGGCCCGGAUGAAGGAGCAUGAGGAGAGGCUGGAGGCUGAGCGGGAGAGGCUUGAGCAGGAGCUCUUUAAGGCAGAUAAAGAAGUCCUGGACUCAAGCUUUGACUGUUAUGGCUGGUAUUUCUGGAGUGCCCUUUCUCUUGUCAUUUUCUUCACUAUUGAGGUUUGUAGGCAGGAUCUGAUCCCUGGAGAAACUUCUGACCCCUCAGAAGAUGAAGAAGGGUACACCAAUGCGGGUGCAAAGGUUGUAACUUUAGAUAAAGGUGUCUUAAGCAACUUCUGCGAGACCAGCUUCCAUCCUUUUAUCCAUGAGAGCGGGAGGGUGCGGGAGUUUGUUGAGGGCUUUGCAGAUGACCUGCUGGAGGCUUUGAGGAGCUUUUGUGACCGUGAGGUUGAUAUGGAGCUUGAGGACUUUGUUGGAGUGGGCAGCAUGUUUGAGUCUUGGAGAAUAUGUAAGCCUCUCAUGUGUGAUCUCAUCGUGCCUUUUGCAACCCCAGAGCCUUACUCUUUCCAGUUCCAGCUGUGGUGUCUUGCAUCUUCUGACAUUCCACUGGACCUGCAAGGUUGUGGCAGGAUUAAGUUGACAAAAAUGAAUGGAAAUUGCCCGGACUGCCUCUGUGGUACAACCAACCUUGGCGAGGAUAUGCUGUGCCUGCUUCACAACAGAAACGAAAGCAGCGAAGUUGACGACCAUGCCUUGGAGGAGCUGCUGUGCUCAAGAAACACUCCUUAUCUAUCUAAAGAUCAGGUCAUGAAGUGGUUCCAGAUCUCGGUGACCAAAGCAUGGGGACAGAUCUCUCACAAGUAUGAGUUUGAGCUCACUUUCCGCAAUCUAGACUUCCCUGGGGCGCUGAAGGUCAGGUUCAGGUCAGGAAAGGUUAUUGUUCUAAACAUUACACCUGCUAUUCAGCUUGAGGACACCGACGCAUACUUCAUCUCUCAUUGUCCUUCAGAUACUGCCAAUAUGUCAGACAUACAUUGGCAUCUUUCAUUCACCGUUUAUGAGAGGAACCUGCUUAAGCACAUGGCAAAGAGACUUCCAGACAACUCUUGCCACCUCCGGUGCCUUCAGCUUGCAUCUUUUUUGCACAGGAAGCAGACAGGUCUGACUGGCAGAAGUGCUCUCACAAACUACCAUUUGAAAACUGCUCUCUUGCAUCUGCUGCUGCGCAAAUCACCUUCAUCAUGGAAACCACAGUGUCUGGACCAGCGGCUGCAGGACUUGUUGGGCUUCCUACAAAAAAGCUUGCAAGAAAAGAGACUUAGUCAUAUUAUCAUCGGGAAUCAUCUCAUCCCAGCUGCCAUUGGAGUUCCUACAAUAUUCCUGACCACAGAAUCUAUAAAUCUUUUCAGACCUCUGGUGUUGCAGAGGCAAAUAUAUGCAAAGAUGGUGGAGCAUUUUCAGGAGAUGCUGAGAAAUGCACCAGUGCUUAUUCAAGAGUACACCCCUCACUUCCCUAAUGGAGACAUCUAUCAUGAACUCAACUCUCCAACUGAGUCAUAGACUGACGCACUGCACUGAUGGAAAUCACCAGGCUCAAUAGCUCACUGUUCAGUCCUGGGGACUUUCAGACCAUAAUUGCAGAGUGAUUUUUUUCCUGUGUGUAAAUAGCUUUUUUUGGCACUGAAAGAAUUAGUUUCUACAUUAAGAUGGCAUUCCAUUUACUGUUAGGCAGCUUUUAAUGUGAGUUUGUAUCUAAUGAACCACAUGCACAUAUAUAAGGCAAAUGCAUAUUUAGAUGUGGAGUCACAUUAAACAUGCAGUAAUGAAUUUGAAAAUUAAUUUUACAGUACGUCAUCAGCAUACAGGUUAUUAAGCAGUUUUAAACUGCAUUUAUAACUUCUGUAUAGGAACAUUCAUUUUGACCAACACAUGAUGUACAGAUGUAUUUAUAAAGAGCUUUCUAGAAAGUUUACAGAGGUCCAGGCCUGCCACACCCAUUGAGCAAGUCAAGUCACUUUUAUUUGUAUAGAGCUUUUUACUACAGACAUUGGCACAAAGCAGCCCCAGACCAAGCCCUGACUGUCGCUCCUAGCAGGGUCCCAGGAAUACAAUCACAGAGACCAACAUGGGUGAACAUCAGAGCUUUAUUUUAACAUUAUAAAUCCCUGAUCCAGUACAGCUGAAGGGGAGGAGCUUCACCAACACCAAACUAAAAAAUCACAUUAGGCCAUGAGGAGGACAGUGGACAGAAAUUAGAAUCACAUAUGAAGUUUACAAAAAUAAGAAUAAAGCAUAGAAUCAGAGGAUAAACCAUUGACUAGCUAGAAGUUAGUGGCAAUAACAGGCAGGAACUCGCAAGAUGAGGAGGAAACCUUGAGAGGAUCCAAAAUUCAGAAGAGAGAGUUUGUGCAUGCCCAUGUCUACCAUUGGAUAGUGCACUUGUACACUAUAGCUGGAUCUUAUAUGUCCAGAGUGGACAGCUACUGCCACCUUGAAAGGCUAGUAAGAGGGGUCAGAAUCAACACAGAACCAUGUUAGAAUGUAUCUGCCUUUGUGGUGUGCAGUAUUGUAGUAUGAGUGUCACACAUGCACAAGUGAUAAGUAGGGCUGGGUUUCAUUCAGAAUCUUUAAUGCCUCUAACAAUACCGAUAACGAUGCCAGUUUCUGAACAUUUCUUUUGCUAAUGAUUUUUUAAAAAUAAUUACAAACUGAAAAUGGGUGUAUUUACUGACCAUGAUGGAUUACUCAACCCUCACAGAUGCUGAUAAGACUGACUAAUUAGGUAUUGAAAUUUAGUAUUGCACAACAUGGAGUUUUCUAGUAGUUGGUAUUGUUGAAGUAAUAAGGAAAAAUGACAGUACCAUAAUAGUUUUGAAUUUUAACACCCAGCCUCAGUGAUGUUAACCUCCGUUUAGAACAUCAACAGUAUUUCCCCAAUGGAUAAUAAGGUAAAAAGGAGCCUGGCUGAAACAGUCGACACUGAUGUUUGCCCAUCUCUUUUAGCCCUGAUCUUGACUGUAGAAACUGAGGGGGAGGAAUGAUCAUGAUCAAAUAAAAAUAAACACUGCCUUACAAUUAUGAACCUAUUUCACUAGAUGUGGUGGACUUAAGGUAUUGUAGCUAUAAGAUAUUGUAUACAUAUAGGUAGUAUAAAAAAUGACAGUAUUAGAAGAGCUGAACAAAUAGACUUUAAAUUAAGCCAGAUUAAAGGCAAAUACAUAUAUAUAUAUAUAUAUAUAGAGAGAGAGAGAGAGAGAGAGAGAGAGAGAGAGAGAGAGAGAGAGAGAGAGAGAGAGAAUAUAUGUUAAAAUGUGACCAGACUUUACAAGCUUGAACGUGUUCAUGUGUUUUUGGCUAUGGCUAGCAGUAUUCUUUCAUAAGGACCUAUGGGCCAGAAGAAGUUUAGAAGGCGACAUGGAGGGCAUUGAGUCCUUCUUAUCUAAGCAUACUAAGACUCCUCUCACCACAUUCCAGUCAUACCAAUUCUGUCUCAUGACAUAAUGCUUGAGAUAAAGUGAUGCACAGUGCUUGGCAUCAUUCAUGGGUGCAUACCAAACAAAGCUUGUAAAUUUAGAUUUAGAAUUGCAGUGAUUUUUAAAAAUAUAUACAAGCAAAACUAUAUCAAGAAACUGCUUCUUCAGUUAGGGGUAUGGUAAAGAGUCUUUGUUUUAUCUUUCUUUCCUGUCAGUAGCCAUGAACCAAAAAAGGAAGAGAUAAAACCAAACACAUGACUAAGAUUUAAGGAAUGAAGAACUUGCCUUGAGAAAGUAUGCAGAUGACAAGAAAAUUCAACAUUAAACUUGUUGAGGUUACAAGAAUGUCUGUCAUUUGCCAUAAAAUGUACAAAACAUUAAAUUUGAAUGUUUUUGAAUACAGCAUA